AUGCCUGGUCCGCCAAAGCUGCACAUGCCCGCGGGGAACCUCGCCGGAGCGACGAUCUCGUCGCCAAAGCCUGUGGGUGGUACGCCCAAGCUGGGCCCGCCCAAGCUGGGCCCGCCCAAGAUCGCACUUCCAAAGGGCAAUCUCGCCGGAGCGACGAUCUCGUCGCCAAAGCCUGUGGGUGGUACGCCCAAGCUGGGCCCGCCCAAGCUGGACCCGCCCAAGAUCGCACUUCCAAAGGGCAAUCUCGCCGGAGCGACGAUCUCGUCGCCAAAGCCUGUGGGUGGUACGCCCAAGCUGGGCCCGCCCAAGCUGGACCCGCCCAAGAUCGCACUUCCAAAGGGCAAUCUCGCCGGAGCGACGAUCUCGUCGCCAAAGCCUGUGGGUGGCACGCCCAAGCUGGGCCCGCCCAAGAUCGCACUUCCAAAGGGAAAUCUCGCCGGAGCGACGAUCUCGUCGCCAAAGCCUGUGGGUGGUACGCCCAAGCUGGGCCCGCCCAAGCUCGCGCUUCCAAAGGGGAACCUAGCGGAUGCUGUGGUGUCGCCGAUCAGCUCUAUGAGUCCGACCGCAGACGGGACGAGGAGCGAACUUGGGUCGGCCAGGAGGAUCGCAGUCACGCCGCCGGGCGAUGAGGCAUACGUCGAGAUGGUUCUACCACGAACGCCUCUGCAGCGGUCGCCAACCCGCGACUCGCCGCGAUUCCGCCGUGCUAUACCGCCGCUCUCGCCGUCGCGAUCGACACCGUCGAUGUUAGUGGCCUCGCCGUCGCCGCAAGUCUCGUCGGUCUCGUCGGACGUGCACCACCUCAUCGACAUGCUCAAGAACGUUGACAAGGACUUUCUCCUCCGCGCCAUCGAGGCCGAGGCCAAGGGCAAGGCCGAAGGCACCAUCAAGGCCAAGGCCAAGAUCCGCGACCACCGCAGGCGCGGCAAGUCCAAGUCCAAGUCGCGCGGCCACCGCUCGGUGCCGGGCCGAAAGCGGGCAGACUCGCACGGACGGCGACCAAAGCCCCGUGCCAAGCAUCGGCGCUCGCGCUCACGCUCGCGCUCGCCAACCAUCCGCACUCAGCUGGUCAAGCGGGCGCUCUCCAAGCACAACAGGCGCUCGGCUUCGUUUGCGCUGGGUGCCACCCUUGGCUCUGGCCUCCCCACGCCGCUACCCGUCCCGGGAGACAGCGUCGGAAAUCCGUUUGCUGCUAGCGGCGGCAGCGAAUCGUCGAUGCUCUCGUCCGGCUCGUCGGGUGUGGGCUCGGACUACGACUCGGAGUACUCGGAGCCGUCAUCAGCUUGGAGCUCGCAGCUUCGAUCGGGAUCGGGCUCUUACAAGACCUCGGGAGAGAGCAGCGUCUACAACCCGUACGCGCACUUUGGAGUCACUGUCGGCACCAAGUCGUCGCGGCGGCUCAACGGGGUCUACGAUCCGGUCAACGGUAUCCUCUACCACAAGCACGGCGUGAUUGUGGAAGGCAAGGACGAGUCGUCGUUUGCGCUUGUCUCGCCAGGCACGCCGCGCGAGCUGUUAACCCUGCUCGAGCAGCGGGCGCGGGCUGUGUACUCGUGGGGCAUUGCUGGCGACGACAUCGAGGAGCUCGGGGUCAAGCUCGGCGAGGGCUCGUUUGGCGUCGUCUCCAAGGUUGUCGACCGGGUCACCAAUCGGCUCCUUGCCAUCAAGCACCUGCCGCUCAAGCCCGACCCCGAGUUCCGCACCGGCAUUGCACGCGAGCUCCGCUUCAUGUUCCGCUGCCAGUCGCCGUUCAUUGUCAAGUUUCUCGGCGCGUACUUUGUCGACGGAAUGGUCACCUUUUGCAUGGAGUACAUGACCGCCGGCUCGCUCCGUGACGUGUACCUUGCCGGCGGUGCCAUGGACCAGAAGGCCAUCAAGCUGGUGGCCAAGUCUGUCCUCGAGGCCCUGCACUACCUGCAGUCGCGCGACAUCAUGCACCGUGACAUCAAGCCCGACAACAUCCUCUGUGGCUUCAACGGCGAGGUCAAGGUCUCGGACCUCGGAAUCUCGGUCCACUUGUCGGACGAGACUGGGGCCGCCGCCGCCGUCGGAACGCUCAACUACGUCGCGCCCGAGUCGAUUGGCGCCGGCGACGGCGCCGCAGACCAUCCGCACGCCGCAGACAUCUGGGCGCUGGGCAUCACGCUCGUUGAGCUUGCGGUGGGGCGCUAUCCGUACCCGCUAGAGGACGUCGACGAGGUCGAGACCCGCAAUGGGCCACGGACUCGAGGCAUUCCGCCGCCGUCGCUUGAUGCCUUUGGCCAUCUCGACUAUUUAGAGUCCGGCACGCCGCGCCUGCCUGCAGCCCGGUUCUCGCCAGCCUGUCGUGCCUUUGUUAGCCUUAUGUUGGAGCGCGAUCCGCAGCGGCGGCCGACGCCAGGCGACCUGCUCCGGCACGAGUUCCUUUACGACCUUGAUCUGCCGUCCCUGCAUCGGCACAUGGCCAAGGUGGUGCAGAGAGCGUGCCCGGCCAAGUUUGACGAGCUCCUCGCUGAUAAGGCUGAGCAUCCGCGCCGGUACGCGCCCGAAACCUACCAGGCCCAGCUCGGGUUCGGCAAGUCGGCAGAGUACCACCAGUACCGGCGGCUGCGGCACUCGCGGCGGGUUCGGCGCAAGGGCCAACGUAGGCGGGGUCGAUCAGAUAUGCUCCAGCCGCCCAACCUGCACCACUAG